UUUAACAGGCUCGCACGUAAGAUUACGAAGGAACGAGCCAUGGCGUCUGGCGCCGUGAGACCAGCGUUCGCCUACACCGUCGUGUACGUGAAGGACGUGGCCAAGUCAGCUGCCUUCUACUCGGCUGCAUUCGGCUACACCGUCCGCCGCCUCGACCAGUCCCACAAGUGGGCGGAGCUGGAGAGCGGGGCGACGACCAUCGCGUUCACGCCGCUGCACCAGCGGGAGACGGACGCGCUCACGGGGGCCGUGCAGCUGCCGGACGCCCCGGCCGAGCGGGGCCCCGUGGAGAUCUGCUUCGACUACGCGGACGUCGACGCCGCGUACCGGCGCGCCGUGGACAACGGGGCCGUGCCCGUGAGCGCACCGGAGCAGAAGAACUGGGGGCAGAAGGUCGGGUACGUGCGCGACAUCGACGGGAUCAUCGUCCGCAUCGCGAGCCCCGUCCGCGAGUGA